AUGAACGAGGUUCAUGCCAUAUUAAAGGGACGAAAGAAAAAACCAACUGAAUCAUUAAGAGAAUAUUUGUAUAGUAUUAUUGAAAUAGCAAAUCAAAUUCAGUUAGAUGAAAUGAGCAUAAUAGACUAUUUUAUAGAAGGAAUUCCAGACAGUAGAGCAAACAAAACCAUAUUAUACCAGGUAACGAGCAUGAAUGAUUUAAAGAGUAAGUUAAGUAUUUACGAAAAGAUCAGGAGAAACACAUACUCGUCAUUAAACACUACAGGAGGGAAACUUGAAAUAGCACAUACUGGGGUACAAGACAUAAAAAUAGAAAGAGAGGAUAGAAAAGAUGGAAAGCGUUGUUAUAGGUGUGGAGGUAAGGAUCAUAUUGCUAAUAGUUGCAAAAUCAAAGAUUAUAAAUGCUUUAGAUGUCAAGAGGUGGGGCACAAAGCAUUCGAAUGUAAACGUCCGGAAAAUGUAGUAGGAAAUAUAAACAAAAACAACUCUCUCGUUAUAGAAACUAUUAAUGAUGUGCGUCGAAAUGGAACUAAUAGAGUUUUGAAAGAUUUAGGAAUAAAUGGGAAGAAGAUACGUGCUCUAAUCGAUACGGGUAGCGAUGUCUGCAUUAUCAGACACUCCACUUAUUUGCGGUUAGGAAACAUUGUAUUGGUAGCUAGGAGAAAAACAUUGACGGGUAUAGGAGGAAAAGAGAUUAAAACAUUAGGUAGCUUCAUAACAUUAGUCGAUUUAAAUGGUAUCCAAACCAGUUUGAAUCUCCAUGUGUUAAACGAUGAUGAUGUCCAAUAUGAUGCCAUAAUAGGAAGCGAUAUCCUAGAAAUAGUUGACAUUUUGAUUUCCUCAGAUGAUGUAAAGUUUUUGAGAAAGUCUCAUGAAAAACAUAUCGACUUUAAUAAGGAAAAUGUAAGAGAAUGUGAAAAUGAAGUUAGGAAUCUCUAUAUCAUUUGCGUGACAAUGCAGCGGGAUGAACCGGAGGUAGUGGUUCAAAGCCAGUUGAAUAAAUUUACCAAAGAAAAGAAAAGAGGAGGUAAUAAACGUUAUAAAGCAUUACAAGCCGAACAAGAAGAUUAA